AUGAACAUCACUGAGUGCAUUUUUGGAUUAUAUCGAAAGAAUUCCCACAUAAAAGGAUCUAUCUAUCUAUCUAUCUAUCUAUCUAUCUAUCUAUCUAUCUAUCUAUCUAUCUAUCGCAGUCUGUUCGUAUCUAUCUCAGUCUGUUCAUCUGUUUCUCUUCAUCUAUUUAUCUAUCACAAACUGUUUAUCUAUCUAUCUAUCUAUCUAUCUAUCUAUCUAUCUAUCUAUCUAUCUAUCGCAGUCUGUUCGUAUCUAUCUCAACUGAGAUCUAUCUAUCUAUCUAUCUAUCUAUCUAUCUAUCUAUCGCAGUCUGUUCGUAUCUAUCUCAGUCUGUUUCUAUCUAUCUCAGUCUGUUCGUAUCUAUCUCAGUAUGUUCGUAUCUAUCUCAGUUUGUUCGUAUCUAUCUCAGUCUGUUUCUAUCUAUCUAUCUAUCUAUCUAUCUAUCUAUCUAUCUAUCUAUCUAUCUAUCUAUCUCAGUCUGUUCGUAUCUAUCUCAGUCUGUUUCUAUCUAUCUAUCUAUCUAUCUAUCUAUCUAUCUAUCUAUCUAUCUAUCUAAUGAGUAAUCAUGUUUUAAAUCAUCUAUCUAUCUAUCUAUCUAUCUAUCUAUCUAUCUAUCUAUCUAUCUAUCUAUCUAUCUAUCUAUCACUCUCAGUCUGUUCGUAUCUAUCUCAGUCUGUUUAUAUCUAUCUAUCUAUGUAUAUAUCUAUGUAUCUAUCUAUCUAUCUAUCUAUCUAUGUUUCAUUAAAUGUGACGGAGGAUUACAAUCAUUAUUAUACUUACCUUCCUAUGUCAAACUCACCUUAUCUAUCUAUCUAUCUAUCUAUCUAUCUAUCUAUCUAUCUAUCUAUAUCAACAACGUCUCAUAUCUUGUUUUCUUCUGUUUCCUUUUCAUUUGGAUCUGUAAAAUUUGCAUAUACUCCUCUCCAUUUUCCUUUCUUUCCCUUCCCUUCUCUUUCAUACCUUAAGAGUAUAUUUCUAAUUAUCUAUCUAUCUAUCUAUCUAUCUAUCUAUCUAUCUAUCUAUCUAUCUAUAUAG